AUGGCUUCUUUCUACAAGACUGCAACAGCAGUGUGCCUCGUCGCACUCGGUGUGCUCCAAUCAGAGGCACAAGGGAAUACUCCAACAUAUAAAUUUAAAGUAGUGGAUGUAGAUGAAGAUCCCGCUGCGGCGAACUGCACUGCAUUGUUAACCGCCAAACUGAAGGAGAACUUCCACUACUCUUUUGACUACGAGCCCGCCUCGCAGACCAGUCCCGACUACCGCCAGUUACUGCAGGACGCCCUUGACAAGGGAUUGGAGGACUUCAAGCGCCAGGAGAUCCGGAAUCGCUUCAAAAUCGAGCUGGCGGUUCAGAAACACCGGAAGGAACUCUACAACAGGAGGCUGUACUUUUCUGCCAACUUAAACCUGCGGCUGUAA